GAGUUCCCGGAAAAUGUCAACUGGCUGCUCAUAAGGCAGGAGGACGGCGGAACGUUGACAGGAUGCCGGGCGUGGUCUUCCUAAUCGUUGUGCCGACGGCGAAUUUUGAACGUGAGCUGAUUUACGGCACUUCAAAUAAUGCCCUCGUGGAGGCGACAGCAGGAGCCGGAGUCCAGUCAGGACAUCACCACGGCCACCAUGCUGCGGUCGGUGCAGGUGGCCCUGGCGGUGGCAACAAUAAUCUGAACAUCAAUCUUCCGGAGAAUAACAACGCAAUACUACGACUCGAAGUUGAAUUACGUGACAAGAAUGUGCCCAAGUAUCGCCGUGGACCGGGUGGAGGAGGAGGGCGUGGCGGUGGACCCGGCCUGGGUCGAGUGGGCGGCGGUGGCGGUGGUAUUGGAGCCGCAUUCAGUCCAGGAUCAGGACCGGGUGCGGUAGCAGCUGACACCUCCACGGUCGUCGGGCCGCUGGACAGACGUAAUUUAGUGGUGCCGCUUGAAAAGGUACUCGAGGAGCUGCUUGUCAAGCUGGAAAUUGAGCACGUUACUUGGACGACGAGCAAGAAAGGUUACUUCCAUCACGUCGUCUUCCCACUGCAGGCGGGCGCCGCCUGCGAGACCACCCUGCACUGUCUCACGGAACUGGGCAUUGGCACUAAAUUGAAUUCCAGUGUCAGCGUACUGCCGUGCAGCGUUAGUUAUGAUGCCAUCACCGAUGCGGCCAACAUGCGAGAUGACUACAGCGAGGAAGCCGAUGAUGCCUCGAAAUGGAACAAUUUUGUGGAAUCAAUUAAAUCGAAAUUAACAGUCAAACAGGUGGUGGACGGUGUGCGGGCCGGAGGAUCGCUAUCCUUCGACUAUCUGCUGCUAAUUGUUACCGCCGACUCCUUGGCGGCCCUCGGUCUGGUGGAGAACAACGCUCCCAAUAUAGUGGCGGCCAUGUUAGUUUCCCCGCUUAUGGGUCCAGUGAUGUCCAUAACAUUCGGUGCAAUUAUCUCCGACAAAGAACUAAUGCGCGUCGGUUUCCUGUGCCUGGCCCUGGGUAUGUUCAUCUCCCUGCUAUUUGGUUUCAUCUUUGGCCUGAUCCUGGGCACCACCGAGAUGCCCUGGGGCCAGAACUCGGACUGGCCCACGGAGGAGAUGCGCGGCAGGGGCAAUGUGCGCGCCUUGUGGAUGGGCGUGUUGUGGGCCUUGACAUCUGGCACUGGCGUUGCCGUGGCCUUGCUCCAAGGCUCCGCAGGUCCUCUGAUUGGCGUGGCCAUAUCCGCCUCCCUGCUGCCGCCCGUCGUGAAUUGUGGUCUCUUCUGGUCACUGGCCUGCAUUUGGCUCAUCUAUCCGGAGAAGCGGAUUCCGCACUUGAAGAACGAGGCAAUGAACUCGACCAGCGCGUAUCCGUUCCUUUACACGAACUACCUGCCCACCGAGUUCCUCAUCAAUGGCAUCGUCUCCGCCUGCCUGACCAUCGUGAAUGUGAUUUGCAUAUUUAUCACGGCCAUAAUCGUGCUCAAAAUUAAAGAGGUCUCCGCACCAUAUACAGCCAGUCCGGACUUAAAGCGAUUUUGGGAAACAGAUCUUCGAACAGUUCGCAAGACGAAUCGCUCGACAAUGCGUCAUCCACGUUCCAGGAGCAGCAUGGCUGGUGGAGGAGCUGGAGGUACCAUAAGGGGAUUGGACAAGCUUGGCGGAGGAUACCGUGGACUUGAUGAGCGCGAUGCUCAGAUGGACAAUGCCCUGGAACGGGCCCUGGCCCAGGCCGAGAAUGAUGCCACUUUCAAGAAGGUCAAGCGGAUGAGUUACUCAAGCAACGCUGCUGGCGAGCUCACCGAACGUCUGGCCAAGAUUGCUGGACUCAACCGGCUGAAGACCGACGGCGACCCUGGACAAACAACUCCGGGCAGCCUGUCUGGCAGCCGGAUGAAUUCCAUACCCAACUCCCAGCUAAAUGUGGACCUUAAAGCGCUGGACAAGCUGGUGAGCAAUCUGUUGGAGCAGCACACGUCCGGAAGCAAGACAGCCGCUUCUGCCACGGAAACUGGAACUCGGACACCGCCGCUGCAGCGCAUGGCCUCCAAGAAACUGAACCGUUGGCGACCCCUCUCCCGGUCCGCCCACAGCUACAAGCGAGGGGAUAGCAGCGACCUAAUUGGAGGGAGCUUCACCCAACUGCUGGAGCGUGUUGAUCCGCCAGCCACGUCCACUCAGCAUCAGCCCAAUAUGCCCACGAUCAUGGAGAGCAGCGCCGGAAGUCCGACACCGAACAAUGCCCAGCAGCAGGGGGCUCAUCCGCCGGCAUGGAGUGCCUCCUUGGAGGCCACGCCAGGAGCAGUGCGAAAUGUGCUACACGCUGGCGAUGAGGGGAGGAGCAGCAGUUAAAUAACUAUGUGGGUUAAGCUAACCGAUAAUCAAAUGGUUUUUCCAUCAACAACACAAUUAAUUAAACAUGA